GACCCAACCAAACUAAACAAAAUCAACAACAAUUUGACACAAGACCCAUCAAACCAAACAAAAUCAACAACAACAAUGGAGUUCACGCCACAGCAGCUUCUUCAGUACAACGGUACCGACUCUUCAAAGCCCAUCUACGUUGCGAUCAAAGGCCGCGUGUUCGAUGUGACCACUGGCAGAUCCUUUUACGGCCCAGGUGGUGCGUACGCGAUGUUCGCAGGCAAAGAUGCGAGCAGAGCUCUGGCAAAAAUGAGCAAGAAUGACGAGGACAUCACUCCCUCUCUCGAUGGUCUGUCCGAGAAAGAGAUUGGUGUUCUGGAUGAUUGGGAGAAGAAGUUCGAAGCCAAGUACCCAGUUGUUGGUCGUGUUGCUUCUUAAAGUUUAGCCCUUUGUCAUGUUAUAACUAUUAUGGUUAAGCAUACGCAUGUAAUUCCGUGUGUGUUUGUGUUUAUGGGGAUUUUAUGUCCUGGAAUGACUGAAUGUGUUUAAAAGAUGUUAACUUUGUACUAAAGUUAUCUGUGUGUUGGCUUGGAAGGAUUGUGUAUUAUCAGAACUUGCUGGUAUUGCGAAUAAAUCGAGUAAUAAAAUGAAUUGGGUUGUGUGAA